AUUGCCUCAUCGUUCGCCACGUUUCUUGUUUCGCUUCUCCCUUAUAAUUCGUUACACCACAACAAAUCACAAAUCACCAAAGAUACAAACACAAAAACAUAACUCUAUACAAUUCACAAUUUCUUCACAAGAUCGACUCAGAGAACAAAAAGAAUAAAGAAACAAAAAAAAAUGGCGGAUCAUCAUCAACAGCACCAUCAGCAGACGCAACAACCAAUAAUGAAGAGUCUCGACGACUCAUCACCAUCGACACGACAAAUAGUGAGAUUCCUAACGGCAGCGACGAUCGGCCUUUCACUUCUGGUGCUCUCGGGACUGACACUAACCGGAACCGUGAUCGGUUUGAUCGUAGCGACGCCCCUGAUGGUUCUGUUCAGCCCGGUGUUGGUUCCCGCGGUGAUAACGAUGGGGCUUUUGACGGUGGGAUUCUUAUUCUCUGGUGGUUGUGGGGUGGCAGCAGCGUCGGCUUUGACGUGGAUCUAUAGGUACGUUACCGGAAAACACCCGAUGGGAGCGGAUAAAGUGGAUUACGCGAGGAUGAGGAUAACGGAGAAAGCGAAAGAGUUUGGACAUUUUGCGCAUCCGCAAACACACCAAACCACAACAACUUAAUCAUUAAGAGUUUUAUAAUGAUAUGAAUCUUGAUGUUAUAUUAUGUUUUAUGAUUACCCUACGUAUGUUUUUUUGGUACUGUUCGUGGCCUUUUUUUUUUUUUUGAAAAGAUGUAAUGUGAACUGUUCUUUUUAUUCCAUAUAAUUUUAUAUUUGUGACGUAAUCUAUCUUUUAUUGGCUGA